UCUUCGACCGAGACUUUAUGUCGCAGGUCGCAGUAAAUUUCUGCACCUAUGCGUACGUGAAUAAAUCCGCGUCGUAUCGUUGACUGCUUUAAUAAAAAUACCAGUUCAAACGCAAUCAAUGUAAACUCAAGCAGUAAAAAAGAUAUUUAUUUGAACUAAAAAAAAUCCAAAGCUAAACUCGAUCGCAAAUUUUAUAACUAAAAAUAUCCAUUUGGUGUCCCAAUUGUAAAUAUUGCCAAAACACUUGUGGCGUAUUAUUUAUUACGAUGAGAUUAACUCUACGAUUGUUUUCUUCGGUUGUGCAAAAGAGACCGUUUUAUGUAACUACGCCGAUAUUUUACGUAAACGCGGCACCUCAUCUAGGUCACCUCUACACAGCGUUGGUAGCUGAUGCCGUCCAGAGAUUUGAGAAACUCACAAAUCCACAUUAUGAAAUCAUAUUCAGUACAGGCACAGAUGAGCACGGCACGAAGGUUCAACAAGCGGCUGCCAAAGCCAACCUCUCGCUAGCUGAAUACUGCGCGAACAUAUCAAGCGAAUAUGCUAGCCUCUUUAGAGAUUUCGGUGUGGAGUAUACGGACUAUGUGAGGACCACGGAGGAACGACAUAAAAAAGCUGUUAGGCAUUUUUGGAAAGAAUUAGUGGACCGAGACUUUAUAUACAAGGCUAACUACUCGGGCUGGUACAGUGUCAACGAUGAGAGUUUCGUCCCAGAGAGUCACGUCAAGGACGAGGUCAGGAAUGGGGAGACUGUGAAAGUGUCUUUGGAGUCGGGCCAUCGCGUGGAAUGGACGGAGGAGAUCAACUAUAUGUUCAGACUGAGCGCGUUCAAGAAUGAUCUGCAGGAGUGGUUGAAAAACGACGGCGUCAUCACACCGAGCAAGUACCAAAAGCAGCUCCAGGAGAUGCUGGAGAACUCGACGCAUCUCCCCGACAUAUCGGUCAGCCGGCCGGCUUCCAGAGUGCACUGGGCUAUAAGGGUACCAGACGACGAGGAGCAGAGCAUAUACGUGUGGCUGGACGCGCUGGUCAACUACCUGACGGCGGCGGGGUUCCCGGCCGCGCGCGCCUGGCCCGCCGACCUGCACGUCGUCGGGAAGGACAUACUCAAGUUCCACGGCAUCUACUGGCCGGCGUUCCUGCUGGCGGCGCGCCUGCGCCCGCCGCGCCGCGUGCUGUGCCACGCGCACUGGACGGCGGCCGGCGUCAAGAUGUCUAAAUCCCUGCACAACGCGGUGUGCCCGCGCGCCGCGCCCGCCGCUGCGCACGCGCUGCGAUAUCUGCUGCUCAGGGAGGCCACAAUGGCGCAGGACGCUAAUUACAGCGAAACUAAACUCAUCAACGUUGCGAACUCCGAACUGGCGGAUACCCUCGGGAACCUGGCCAGCAGGUGUUGCGGCGCCGCCCUCAACCCGAGGCAGGAGUUCCCGGCUCUGCAUGCGCAGGAGUUGCUGCAGUGUAGCCUCAAUGACGUCACCGUCCGAUUGUUGGACGCCGCCGAGAGGAUGCCAGACUUAUGCCACACCCACUACAGAAACUACCAGUUCUACAAAGCGGUCGACGAGGUCAUACACGUCCUACACCUCGCUAAUCUGUUCUUCGAGACACACAAACCUUGGGAGCUCCGCAAACAAGUGGAAAACCAAAAACAUCUGGACGUCAUCUUACACAUAACAAUGGAAACGUUAAGAAUUAGCGGCAUCAUACUGCAGCCUAUAAUACCAGAUCUGUCAACUAAAUUACUAGACAAAUUACAAAUACCCAAGGAUAAAAGGUAUUGGAAAGACUGCGAGAGACCCUCGUGGAAAAUAAAGGGUGCUAUACACGAAACGAAGAAUAUACAGAGCGGGAAAUUCGUGCUUUUCCAAAGGAUAUAUACUGAUAAAAAUAAUGUACAGAAAAAAAAGGCCAGUGCGUAAAUGUUUCAUUAAGGCUUCCUAGGUUUCUGGUGAUGUCUUUGCAUACAGAUUAAAUAGAUAUAGAUUAAGUGGUUUACUCUUCAAUUUUGAAACAAUAAAUACCUACUUAGAAAUGUGAGAUUAAACAAUUUUUUUUCCUUCGUGCUGGCAACAUUGUAAGUUACGGGUGAUUUUAGAAGUUUUUUAGUACUCCCAAAACUUUAGUAAUUGUAUUUUUUUUUAAACAUACGUCCAUCUCUCGUUCCUUUUUAUAUAUGAAUCUUCCUGUUAUUAUUAAUAAGAAAUGUAAGUUGUUUAUUUGUCAUGUAAAAAUUGUAUACUGAUUUUUUUUUAAUAUGAACAUGUUGUAUAUAUGCAAGCACACGCCAAUAUCACAAGUCAUUUUAGUUAACUUAUCCAACAAUAAAUGUAUAUUAAUUAGAUGCGAAGAAUUGAUUCCUUCAUCAAUACUUGAGUCGUUUUAAAAUGUAGUCUUUUUUUAAUCGUAAAGAAAGCAGUUUUGAAGUAAAAUUUAUGAAUGGAAAAGACAGUGUCUGGAAAGGAAUAAAAAUGAUAAAAUAGAUAUUUAUUUGUUCCAAUAUUCCAUUAUGAUCAAUAAAUUUGUUACAUAUCUAGCAUUUUAAGAAAUGGUGCAUAUAUUUGACUGAAUUCUGGUCACGCAGUCAAUUGUAAGUUAGAAAUGCCAUACAGUUUUUAUUUAAUUUAUUUCAAAAUUCAAAAUUUUUAUUCAUUAUUAUAGGAUAUUAUUAUAUCGCUUAAUAAUUGUCGUAUGGUUUAACAACUUGGUUGACGUCAAAUAAAUUACUUAAAAACUAAGUUUAAUUUAAAGACCAUGGUGCAUUUCGGAUAGUUCAAAUAGAUUUAGUUUGUGUUCGACUGAUGCUGUAAUAAUUUAUUUAUUUGUGAAUAAAAUUGUUGAUAUUUA